CGGAGGUUGGCAUUCCCGUGCCUGGAAGUGUUGAUAGUGGAACGGUGAACACCUGUCUCUAUUCCCACCGCCUUUCUGCUCCCGGCCUCCAUCGGAGACGCUGAGAAGAAGAGCUGUACCUUGAAGAGAACUUUUUGUGAAUUCCGUCGGUUGGAAGCCCCUGUAGUUCCAUUCGCUGUAGCUUUAGCUGCUGCUUUCCAAUCCGAGCUGAGGAUCCAGGUUCCUCCAAGAAGCCCCCUUGGAGUGCAACGGGUUGUAAAGAAGAUGUGAAGGGAGCCUCUUCCAGACCCCAGGAGCGCCUUCAGCAAACACCUGAUUAAUCUGUUCAGCUGGGAGAUGUCAGGUUCUGUCCAUGGUUUUUUUCCCACUUGGCCUUCCACGUACCUUCGUUGCAUUCCGGAGCUUGGCCAGAUCAUGAUACAAGACUGGAACGGAUGCCCAGCGACUGAUGUGUGACCGGCAGAAGCAGCGCACUUGUUCAAGGUGUGAAGCGUGUGAAAUAGAGGCUGGAGACCCGCUGCAAGCCAACCUAGGGAAUUGUCCGUGUGCCGCUAGCUCUUGGUGACGGGGCUGGUAGAUUUAGGGACUACAAUGGAAGAGAAUGUGUUCAGUGUCCAGCAGAUUCAGCCCAACGUCAUCUCGGUGAAACUCUUCAAGCGCAAGGUUGGGGGACUCGGGUUCCUGGUGAAGGAACGUGUCAACAAGCCGCCGGUGAUCAUCUCUGACUUGAUCCGCGGAGGGGCAGCUGAACAAAGUGGCCUUAUUCAGACGGGAGACAUUAUCCUCGCCGUCAAUGGAAGGCCCCUGGUGGAUAUGAACUAUGACACUGCUCUGGAGGUCCUCAGGAGCAUCACCUCGGAGACCUACGUGGUCCUCAUCUUGAGAGGCCCAGAGGGCUUCACCACUCACCUGGAGACGACCUUCACUGGCGACGGGACGCCGAAGACCAUCCGGGUCACCAGGCCCCUGUGUGUGACUCCGACCACGGUCGACCUGACUCCCGACCCCAGCCUCCACGCCAAAGACAAACGUCAAGGGGCAGACCACGUGAUGGGUGGUUCCGUCAGCUCUCGGUGCGCCUGGGUGAAUGGGCGGGGGGACGAGACUUUGGUGCACGUCAACGGCGUGGUUGCCAGCACUGUGGCCGGGGACUCUCUGAAAGGAAACGAGGAGGUUUCUGAUCAUUGCCUUAACGGCAGUCUCGAAAACAGCGAACUGCUGAAAGAGAUCGAGCCGGUUCUGGAUCUUCUGAAGAGCAACAGCAAGGAACUCAAUGGAGACGCGCAAUCCAAGAUGGAAAUGAGAGACGUCGAGGUGCAAGUGGACAGUGUCCGGGAAGUGGACCGGAAGUCGCCGAAAUCUUUGCCAGCAGGAAUGGAGAACGACCGAAUCUUCAGUGAUCUGUGGGGGAAGACCGAUGCCCCCGCCGUCGUGAGCAACACCCCUUCGGAAAAGGGCCAGCUGCCGUCCUCAGACCGGCAAUCGCCGACCAAGAAUUUGGUGAACGGAAGCCCUUCGAAGUGCCCACGCUUUGCCAAAGUGAGGAACUGGGAGACAGGCUCCGUGCUCAACGACACUUUGCAUCUGACGAGUACCAUGGUGACACCCUGCAGCGAGCAGGUCUGCAUGGGCUCCAUCAUGAUGCCUUCCCAGCAUGUCCGAAAGCCAGAGGAAGUCCGGACGAAGGAGCAGCUGCUCCCGCUGGCGAAAGAAUUCAUUGAUCAGUACUAUUCCUCCAUCAAGAGGUUUGGCUCCAAGGCACACACAGAGCGGCUGGAAGAGGUGACCAAGGAGAUCGAGGCGACAGACACCUACCAGCUGCGCGAUACGGAGCUGAUCUACGGUGCCAAGCACGCCUGGCGCAACGCCGCCCGCUGCGUGGGCAGGAUUCAGUGGUCCAAGCUACAGGUGUUUGAUGCUCGGGACUGCACCACCGCCCACGGGAUGUUCAACUAUAUUUGCAACCACAUAAAAUAUGCCACUAACAAAGGGAACCUCAGGUCCGCCAUCACCAUAUUCCCCCAGAGGACAGAUGGCAAACAUGACUUCCGGGUCUGGAAUUCCCAGCUCAUCCGGUACGCUGGCUACAAGCAGCCGGACGGCACCAUCCUGGGAGACCCGGCCAACAUCGAACUUACGGAGAUCUGCGCACAGCAAGGGUGGAAACCGCCCAGGGGCCGCUUCGACGUCCUGCCACUCCUCCUCCAAGCCAACGGCAACGACCCCGAGCUUUUUGAAAUCCCACCCGAGCUGGUGCUGGAAGUUCCCAUCCGGCACCCCAAGUUUGCCUGGUUUAAAGAACUGGAGCUGCAGUGGUACGGGUUGCCGGCAGUUUCGAACAUGCUCCUUGAAGUCGGAGGCUUGGAGUUCUCGGCUUGUCCCUUCAGCGGCUGGUACAUGGGGACCGAGAUUGGCGUCCGUGACUACUGCGACAACUCUCGCUACAACAUCCUGGAGGAAGUUGCCAAGAAGAUGAACCUGGACAUGCGAAAGACCUCCUCGCUCUGGAAGGACCAGGCACUGGUGGAGAUCAACAUUGCUGUCCUGUACAGCUUCCAGAGUGACAAGGUGACCAUCGUGGACCAUCACUCGGCCACAGAGUCCUUCAUCAAACACAUGGAGAACGAGUACCGCUGCCGGGGGGGUUGCCCUGCCGAUUGGGUCUGGAUCGUCCCGCCGAUGUCUGGAAGCAUCACCCCCGUCUUCCACCAGGAAAUGCUCAACUACAGGCUCACACCUUCCUUUGAGUACCAGCCUGAUCCUUGGAACACGCAUAUCUGGAAGGGCCUCAACGGCACCCCCACCAAGAAGAGAGCCAUCGGCUUUAAGAAGUUAGCGAAAGCUGUGAAGUUCUCUGCCAAGCUGAUGGGGCAAGCCAUGGCAAAGAGGGUCAAAGCCACCAUCCUGUACGCCACAGAAACAGGGAAGUCCCAGGUCUAUGCAAAAACUUUGUGCGAAAUCUUCAAGCAUGCCUUUGAUGCCAAGGUGAUGUCCAUGGAUGAGUAUGACACUGUCCACCUGGAACACGAAACCCUUGUACUGGUGGUGACGAGCACCUUCGGCAACGGAGACCCGCCUGAGAAUGGGGAGAAAUUUGGCUGUGCUCUGAUGGAAAUGAGGAAUCCCAACUCUAGCCUGGAAGAGAGCAGGAGCUACAAAGUGCGCUUCAACAGUGUCUCCUCGUAUUCGGACGCUCGGAAGUCCUCCACCGACGGCCCUGAAGCCAGGGACAACUUUGAGAGUACCGGCCCUCUGGCCAAUGUCAGAUUCUCGGUCUUUGGCCUCGGCUCGCGGGCGUACCCCCACUUCUGCGCCUUUGCCCGCGCCGUGGACACGCUCUUGGAAGAGCUGGGAGGGGAACGCAUCCUGAGGAUGGGUGAGGGGGAUGAGCUGUGUGGACAGGAGGAAUCGUUCCGGACGUGGGCCAAGAAAGUCUUCAAGGCAGCGUGUGACGUGUUCUGUGUCGGCGAUGACGUCAACAUCGAGAAGGCCAACAACUCCCUCAUCAGCAAUGACCGGAGCUGGAAGAGGAGCAAGUUCCGGCUGACUUACGUGGCCGAAGCCCCUGAACUAACGCAAGGAUUGUACAGCAUCCACAAAAAGCGAGUCUCUGCAGCCCGGCUUCUAACACGUCAAAACCUACAAAGCCCGAAAUCCAGCCGCUCCACAAUCUUCCUCCGGCUUCACACUAAUGGGCACCAGGAACUGCAUUACCUACCUGGGGACCACUUGGGCGUGUUCCCGGGCAACCACGAAGACCUGGUCAAUGCCUUGAUUGAGCGCCUGGAAGAUGCACCGCCCACCAAUCAACUGGUGAAAGUGGAGCUCUUGGAGGAGAGAAGCACAGCUUUAGGUGUCAUCAGCAACUGGACGGAUGAGAACCGAAUUCCACCCUGUACCAUCUUCCAGGCGUUCAAAUAUUACCUGGACAUCACCACUCCCCCCACUCCGAUCCUGCUGCAGCAGUUUGCCUUACUGGCCACCGGUGAGAAGGAUAAGAAGCAGCUCCAAGUUCUUAGCAAGGGCCUGCAGGAAUACGAGGAGUGGAAAUGGUCCAAGAACCCCACCAUGGUCGAAGUACUGGAAGAGUUCCCGUCGGUGCAGAUGCCUUCCACCCUCCUCUUGACCCAGCUCCCGUCGCUCCAGCCUCGCUACUACUCCAUCAGCUCCUCCCCUGACAUGUACCCCAACGAGGUCCACCUCACAGUGGCCGUGGUCUCCUACCGCACCAGAGAUGGGGAAGGGCCGAUACACCACGGAGUUUGCUCCUCCUGGUUCAACCGGAUACAGGCGGAUGAAGUGGUGCCAUGUUUUGUCAGAGGGGCUCCUGGAUUCCACAUGCCUCAAGAGCCACAGGUUCCCUGCAUCCUGAUUGGCCCUGGGACAGGUAUCGCUCCUUUCCGGAGCUUCUGGCAGCAGCGGCUUUUCGACGUCAAACACAAAGGGCUGAAGCCGUGCCCCAUGACGCUGGUCUUUGGCUGCCGGCAGUCCAAAAUUGACCACAUUUACAGAGAGGAGACCUUGCUGGCUAAAAGCAAAGGCAUCUUCAAAGAGCUGUUCACAGCCUACUCCCGCGAGCCGGACAAACCAAAGAAAUACGUGCAGGACAUCCUGCAGGAGCAGCUGGCUGGGUCAGUCUACAAAGCCUUGAAGGACCAGGGCGGACACGUCUACGUCUGCGGCGACGUGACCAUGGCCGGAGACGUCCUGAAGACCAUCCAGAGCAUCGCCAGGCAGCAGGGCAAGCUGGCGUCCGAAGAGGCCAGCGCUUUCAUUAGCAAGCUACGGGAUGACAACCGGUACCACGAAGAUAUAUUUGGAGUCACGCUGCGCACGUACGAAGUGACGAACCGCCUCCGAUCCGAGUCGAUUGCGCACAUCGAGGAGAGCAAGAAAGACACGGAUGAGGACUUGACGGCCCACGGCAAACGCUCCACUGUGUCUCGUCCUGUUGUGUCCUGAAGGGGUGCGCGUUGGCUGGCGCGCAGAAGACGACGGAGGAGAUGAAGACGCUGAUGAUGAUGAUCUUUCUUCCUCACUCCUUGCAUCUUGUGGGAGUUUCUCUUAUCUCUCUGUGUGCCCUUCUCUGAAGCCAACCCUUCCCCCCUGCUGAAGCGUGAUGGCUUUUAACAACCCGCCGCGGCUCUUACAAACACACGCAAACCCGCUGCGUUCUUCCUCCUCUUGUUAACGACAA